AGGAUGUGCGUGGGUGGAAGAGCCAGGCCCUUCAAUGGGCUGCACCCAGCAACCUCAGGCCAGGGAGAGGCCGCAGCGGCCCCGUCGGCUGCAGCCACCUCGUGCCCAGCUGCGACUCCGCCCGCGCGUCGCGGCGGCACAGGGAAGGCCAGGCACAGGCCACAGCACACGGGCGGGCUUGUUGCCGGGCCGCUUGGAACGCUGGGCCGCGACGUUCGGGUUCCGGUGUCACCAUGGCGACCGGACGCGGCUGGAUCCUGCAGCAGCACAGCCUGGGGCUGGCGUGGGCAGCGGCUGCUCCCCAGCGCCUGGCGCCGCCCGCCCUCCCCAGCCGGAGCCCCCUGUCCUCCGCGGCUCCUCCUCCGGGCCCGGGCCGCGGCAGCUUCGCCCUCAGUAAGAGGUCAGGAAUCUUCACUGCUAUGUCUGCGAAACUAUCUGAAACCCAAAAUAUUUGCAUUCAAAGGCAUUAUCAGAAGACUUCUAUGAAAUCAAAAUCUUGCCCAGGCUUUGAGAGUAUGCCAUCAGAGAUACUCCUGAAGAUAGUUUCUUAUUUGGAUGCUGUAUCCCUGUUGUGUAUCGGUUGUGUGAAUAAACGCUUCUAUCAUCUGGCCAGUGACAAUGUGAUCUGGUUCAAAAUUUACUCCAGUUUUUUUCCACCUAAAAGAACAAAUUGGAAAACUAACUCUGUUGAAAAAACAGCUGUCUUACUAAGCCAUGCUAUGAUUCAGGACAGAGAAUUGGGAUAUUGGAAGAACGAAUAUAUCAUGAAACAAAUAGCAGCUGGCAAAACUAGAAUAAUUCAGCUUCUGAAACCUAUAAACCCUUACACUGGCCUUCCACUUAAAACCAAAGAGGCUAUCAAAACAUGUAGUUUGAAUUGGGUGAUUGUACUGAAGGACAGAAAUGGAAAGGAACAUGUAAUGGAGCAGGUGGACAUCUCUUUUAAUGACACAUCUGUUACUGUAUUUUGGUAUGGUACAAACUGGCCAUGUUUAGACACCUUGUCAACUCUGGAAUUAUGUGGAGUGACACCAUUGCUUCUUGACCAAUGUAAAGUUCCCCCCAAGAAUGGACCACGGCGACGUUCCUUAAUUGCUGAGUUCAACCUUACUAACCUCACUAAAGUGACAACAAUGAUUGGCUCUGACAUGCUUGUGCAACUUUUCCAUCUGAACCCAGGACUCCUGGUGGGUCUCUGGAAGAAAGGAAAUGGAAUUGCUUUUGUUACGGCAAGUCUUCAUCAUCAUCAACUUAUUGAGAGAAGCACUUUGGGCUCUGCCACUAUACAAUAUAUCCUCCCCCCUCAUAAACCUAUACUGGAUGAUGUUGACCCAGAAUAUGGACUGCAUGGCUACCAACUACAUAUUGAUAUGCACAGCGGAGGACAUACUUACAUGUGUGGUACAUUUCGCAAUCUAUUCUGCAGAAAAGAUUACAUUCAAAAUGGAUACUUGAGGCUCACAGUUAUAAGUUUAAAAAAUAAUUCACAACAUUUACCUCUUGCUGGGAAAGUUGGCUUCUUCUGGAGAACUGAUGUGUUUAAAGGCAGCGUACAGAACUGUUACAUGAUGGAUGUGACCCUCUUGGAUGAAACAGAAAAACCCUUCUGGUGUUUCAGUGCCCCAGUCUACAUGAAACUUUCUUCGAAGGCAUCCUGCUUUUAUGACUAUAUUGGCCAAAACUAUGACUUAAACUAUGUGGAUUCAGAGGGGAAAGUCCACAUUGAGCUGGUUUGGGUAGAAGAAACCAAGGAAUACUAUAUAGUCAAUCUGGUUCUUUAUCUAAGCACUGAAAAAGUUAACCGCUGGUUUGGAACAAAAUACUGAUUCUAAUAAUUUGAGCGGUUACUUUCCCUGCUGGUAAUUAGUUGAUUUUUUGUGGGGAGGGGGUGGGGAUUAAGGUUGAAAUGAACCCCACAAUCCAGGUGCUACAAGUUGUUUUGUGCUUUAUUUACUGAAAACUAGGAAGUGUAGUCACUUCUUUAUUUUUAUUAUUGUUUUCACUUUUGUUAUUGGGGAGGGAAGUUUAAACAUAAAAAGUAAUGGCUUUCCUGUGGAGUACCAUGAUGUGUGCUACUCUCUGUUGCAAGUACUGGGUAUGAUCAGGGUAAAAAGAUCAGUGUCACUCGAUACAGUAUUAUCUGGCACAGUCAGAUAUGUAAUGCUGCUUCUGAAACAGAUACUGUAAAUAUGACUGUGUUCUCUCUCCAUAUUUGUAUGUUCUACACUGUUUCUAAGAUCUUAAAAACCGCCUUGAAAAACUCAACUCCAUGAAGUCUGAAGUAACAAAACAAUGCCAGAGUGUUGUUGAGUGAGCCUCUGUGCUACUCUCCUUUAGAUAAUUAUGAGAAACUAUUGCUAAAUGACCAAAUUUAUGCAGAGGAGGUAUUUUUUAAUCAUAAUUUAUCAUUUAAAAUUCACUGUGGUAGGGGCUUUAAGGAUUUAGAUUGAGAGACACAGGGAUGGCCAAUGUGGGGAAGAAGGCUUUUGCCAAGGGAAAGACUUCUAUAGACCCUUUUCUUAAAAGUUGACUGCUAAACUGCUGUUGGGUCAGAGGAAAAAGUGCAGUUGUUUUAAUUUGGUUGCAUGUAUUGUGUUCCAUGUCUGAAAGCACUGAAGCCCUUAGGUAGGAACUGAAAGUGAUUUAUGUUGGCCCCUAAAUAAGGGGUCUGAUUUUUUUUUCCCCAGAGGAGCUGAGCGUCAUCAGCUCCUAGUGACAUAGUUAAGAUUCAGUUACUUAAAUAGUUGAUGGGUACCUAAAAUAUUGCUUUUAGUAUCUAUCUGUAGGCACUUGUUUGAAAAUUUUGUUUUGUAUGUUUAAUGUUUCAAGCUACUUGGUUGUACCUUGUGGAGUCCAAUCCUGUACGCCUUACUUGAAAUCCAUUGGGAGUUUUGCGUGAGGGAGAUAUGUGGCGUUGGCACAAUUGUGUCUUUUUAGUAAUGUGGAUAACGUUCCUGUACAGUUUGUUACAAAUAGAUACAUUUUGUUUUGUUUCCAAGUACUUCCUAUUACAGAUGAGGUUGUCCGACCAUAAUUACUUAUUUGUUGUCUUCUGUGACUUGUUUUUAACUGUGGCAAAAGUGAUUUGCUUUAAUAUGUGUUUAUUUGCCUCCUGUCUCUAUAGUCACUUGCAUAUGUGAGCCAGAUAUUUAAACAAUUGCUGAGUUUAAGUAUUUGUCCUUUGCACUACAGAUGUAGUGAUUCUUUUUGUUACUUUGAUUUUUAAAUUUGUUUACUGUUUUCUUUGAAUUCAAAGAUAUUAAGUAAAGAAAAUAGAAAAGGUGGGUUGGUUCAGCAAUAUGUUUACAGUUUAACGUCUGCGUAACCUCGCCUAAUCAAGAAACAAAAUGUCUGUGCAUUUUUAAUGGCCAAUCAACAUUACUUCUGCUUCUCUGCUUCAGACCAGCCAUAUUCUUAUUCUCCUUCCCCCUCCCCAUCCCACUCCCCUGCCGUUGCCUUUCCUGGCUAUUUUAUAAUGAUGGGCAGGGGCAUGCGCAACGGUGUGCAAGCAGGAACAUGGGACUCCCCAAUAAUCAUCUCUGCCACUGUCUGCAGCUUCUGCCGUAACCCCCGCCCUGGGAUUCCCUCCCCCAAGCUCCUCCUCCCCCAUUUCUGCCGGGGGUGGGAGUCGGGCCGAGCUCGGCUGAAGAGAUGUGCCUGGGAAAGGCACUCCAGCUAGCGCUCCUGCUGAGCCCUACUCAAUGGCACCCAGAGCAGGGAAGCUGGGCUGGCAGCAGAGUUCUGUGAGAGGGGGCCUUGGAAGCCUGCUGAGCCCCGUUCCUUCCUCGCCUGCAGCCUCCAGUAAGUAUUUGAAGCCUGGGACAAUGGCGUGAGGGAGGCAGCGGGGCACAGGGGGUUAGGUGGGGAACCUGGGGAAGCAUCAGGGCCUGGAGGCAUUGGGUGGGGGGCUAAUGUUUAAAGUGCCCCCCCCCCCAAGUAGUCACAUUUAAAUUCCUGCGCAUGCCCUUGAAGACAGGGAACUCCUAGGGUUGCCAACUUUCUAAUCACACACAACCGAACAUGCUUGCCACGCCCCUUCUCCAAGGCCCGACCUGCUCGCUCCCUCCCCCCUCCCUCCAUCACUCCCUCCCCCUCACUCAUUUGCACUGGGCUGGGGAGGGUCCUGUAACCCUAUUAACUUAGCAUUUUCAAGAAGAUCACUGGUAACUGGAGCUGACUGGAGGACAACAAUUCCAUUCUGUGGCAACUCUUGAGAUUUUGACUUUUGUUUUUGUUCUGCAUUGGAAUAACAAAAGCUUUCAAAUGUUUUCUCAAAAACAGAAUUAUGUCCAAGUGUCUGUCUGUGUUUUUUUUUUUAUCAAAACCUGAGCUUUUUGAUUGGGGAAGGUAGAGAGGAGGUGUGUGUAUGUAGGUAUGUAUGUAUUACAGGUGUAGCCAUAACCUGGUGGUUAGGGGGCUGGGUCUAGGAGGCUGAGGCACAAGUCCCUGCUCUUCCUGAUUCACAGCAGAAUUUUUAAUCCCAGAUCACUUUAUAAUCAGGCAGAUCAGAGACUUGGACCUGGGUCUCCCAUAUCCCAGGCCAGCGCCGUGAUCACCAAGCUAUAGAGCAAGACAGAGAGCAUUGGACUCUCUUUCCCCCCCGCCACCCGAUAAAUAUUGUAUGUUGAAAUGGGUACAUCUUCAUAAAACAUUUCAGCUUUGAUGAAACUUCAUUUCCUUGAAAAAUAUUCCAAUCUAACACCAACGGGUUGUCUGUCUGAGGCUAAAAGUCAUUUACUUCUUCAACACAAAGAGAAGUUUCUUUAAGGUACUGUAUUAAAUUGCACUGAGAUAUAAAAAUGAAUUAGAUUGAAAGAAAUGUUUAAUUCUCUGUUUUAGUUUAAAAAUAAAGCAUUUGGUUUUAUAGCAUGAGGCAUCUUGGAGGAGUGGGACUUUUCAGACUAUCAUGUACCACAAAACGGAUCUUAUCACACAGUGGGCACCUGACCAUAAGAAAUCACAAAUCUGAGGGUCCAGCCAGGAAUCUUGGUCGUAUUCUGAAUGCAUUUUCUGCAACACAGACUGCAUGAUUUGGAUUAGGAAAGGAAGUUAUCCUGAUUAAUCCAAUUCUUUGCUGCUGAAAAACAUGCUUUGCAGAAACUAUCUGAAGCCUGCAUCCCAAGUAAGGGGAAAAAUUCAUAGGGAAGAGUUGCAGACCAAGCUGGAUGAGCAAGCAUCUUAAACUGGUGAUUAAGAGAAAGCAGAAAGCAUUCCA